AUGCCCCCGACUUUUAGGUCGUCACGUUCUGGGCGCCAAUUCGGCGAUGGUGCCAAUCGCACCAGAACCGGCCAGAUUGACCACGAUGUCUUUGAAGGACUACCCAUUCGGCGAUGGACGCGCCAGGUCCAGACAGUAUCGCAAGAACCGAAAACCGAAGGUACAGAAUCAGAAGCACCUGGACACGGCGGAAAACAAACCAUUCCUGAGCAUCCGAUGCCUAGAGAUAGUCAUCUCCUAAGUCCAAUGAGCCGGGCUCUCCUACGCGCCGCUCGUUCUGGGUGCAUAUACAUUCGCCCAGCUUCGAAGGACCUUGAUGACGAGGAAAAAGAGGCGACAGAUCCAGAGGAACAGCAAUCGCAGCAGAAUUUGGAGCGUAAUUUUGCGAUGCGCAAGUGGGCCACAGUCCCUAAGCACCUGGAAGCGCCAGAAGUGGAAUUCCUAGCAAAGAGGCGACCGGGAUUGCCGUCUCUAUAUGGUGCCACAGCUGGGACUGUUGACGGCGCCAAUGGAUCAGUGCCAAUGAGGAAAACCCGCUUCAGGAAGGUUGACCCUGCGACAGGGAACGUUUCAAUUUACGCGGCCUGGGUUCCUGAAGGGCAUAAGAUCGAGGGCGAAAUCACCGAAGAUACUCAAGUAACGACCGAGGACAAUCAAGCCACCGUGACUCCCGAGGCGCCCGCUCCGGGGACGGUCAUUGAAGGAGUCGGCGUUGUCAAUGCGCAGGGCGUAGUGGUUGCAGAGGCAGGAUCAGCGGCCGUUCUUACUCCAGCAAGACGACGGCCUCCGCCUCCGAAGCGCAAGGCCAAAGGCUUAAAGGGUAGGAGAAAGAAGGUCAUGUUUGCUCCAGGUGAAGGAGCCGACGCAGCCCUUGUUCAUGGCGCUGGUGCGGGCGUUGGUGAUAACGCUGCAAACUACGAAAGGGAGACAGGUCCGUCACGAUUGUCAGUAGACCAAACAACUCAGGAUGACGAGGAUGAUGAGGGCGAGGAAGGUGAAGAGAGCGAUGAUGGAGAAGGAGACGAGUCUGGCGUGGAAGCCAAAACCCCAGAAACACCUGGUCCACAACCUAGCACAGAGCCUGAACCGGAGCAGGCAUCUGCUCCUAUGCCAGUUAAGGUAGAGACACCCACAGAAUCGCAAGCACCCCAUCCGCCGAAGCCCGAGUCGGAGUCAGAGCCACAGCCAGGUGUAGAAGCUCCAUCUGCAGCACAUCCAGCUCUCUCUGAGAACGCUCCUGCUGGAUCACCUCGCCCGACGAAUCCUACAUCCUCAGAUCAACAUACCGAAACAACGGCCGCUGCGGCUAAGACGGAAGAUAUUGAAAUGGCAGAUUCUAUGCCUACAGAUAACGCCCUUCGCUCUUCAACACCAGCCUCAGAAACGCGAUCAGAAACACAACAACAAACAAGGCCAGAUACUGCUCAACCUGUGUCUACGGGAAAGGCCCCGUCGCCUUCCCAAGGGGCUAAACAAUCGCCGGCCCCAGAGCCUGCCACAGCUGAAACGACUGGUGAGCAGGCAGAGGAGCCAAUGGACGUGACCAUGGCUGGAUCAGAUGAAUCGGGUCCGGAGCCCCCUCGAGAUCAACCAGUGAGCAUGGACAUGUCAGCGGAAACGCCACAACCCUCAAUGGCGGAUCAAGCUCAAGAACAGGAUUCAGCUCCUCGGCAGUCGGGCGGAAACGAGUUUGAUCUCUUGGAUAACUUGGAAGCGAGUCUAGAAAACGUACCCAACGAGACCCCAGUUGGCGAGCAAAAAGAAACAGCCCCGGAACAAAAGCCAGGUGAUGCUGCCAGUCAACAGGCUGCACCAGAGCCUGAGCUUACAGUCCCGGCGCAACCACCCGUGGAUGCGCCAGCGGAGCGCAAGCCUGCAGAAACAAACAAACUUGCUCCCAAAGAGCCCACAGCGCCACCUACCGAACAACUUACACCGCCAGAUGCAGAACAGACAACUACUGCGGGAACUGCAGAAACCUCCACUGUACAGCAAAAACAGCCUUCUACUGAGCAUCGGCAAUCAGAGGAUGUACCCGAAGCACCUGCACACCCGGAGCAUCUUCCCUCAAACGAUCCUGCGGUAGAAACCGAAACUGCUCAACCCAUAACGGAAGAAUUGGAACAGAGCCCCCAAGAACCGGUCCCAGAGCGGACACCAUCUGAAAACCAUUCUCUACCUGAAGCCACAGCAGAACCGUCCGCCGCCCAAGACCGGCCUCAGGAAUCGAUCUCCGGACCCGCGACAGAGGCACAGGUAGAUGUGCAAGCCACAUCAGAACAGGAACAACAGACGGUACCCGCUCAGCCUCCAGCGGCACCCCUUGCAGAAACUGUAGCAGAGCCAGCGGCAGAGCCCACACCGGAAACUGCACCAGAGCAUGCACCAGAACAACCACAAAAUCCUGCUCAAGAUCCUCCCCAAGAACCAGCUCAGCCUCAAGCUGAACCCGCUACUGUCUCAUCCGCUGAGCCUUCAGUGGAACAACAGCUUGAAGCCCCCGCAGGCGUGGUGGGGGAACAAGAAGGAGCUUCUGGCAGUGCACCAUCACCAACCCAGUAA